AUGUUCUCCAGCGCCCCUCCUCCCCAAAAUCGCCGCCUGAAAGUCACCGCAGGAACAUCCUACGCACCAGAAACCCACGAAACCGUCACCGUAAAUAGUACCUCUCCUCUGAAAUUUAAGAGCGACCACUUAGCCAGUAACCUCUGGGUCCGCAUCAAAGAUUAUACAGGCUACCCCACCGAUUCCCCUAAAACAAACACCUACUUCGACACACCUCCAUUCAGCCAAAACCUCUUCUCCCUCACCUUCACCCUCAAUUUCACCCACGACGUAAACGGCAACGACCUCAUCUUCGGGAAUGACUUCGACCACCCGAUCCGCUCAUACCUCCCAACCGGAUUCAAUACCGCGUUAAAGAUCGUCAAGUCCACGCUCGACCCCUCGUUGGAUGGCGACGCAUAUGCCGAUAAGCCAUAUCUAUAUAGCCCUGGACUAGCAUCAUGGAACCAGUUCGCGAUUGGCGAUAGGGACGAGGGGGCUGAGAACAAUGAGAAUAUCAUAGUGCAAGAAGGCGGCACAGGAUCCGGGGUGGAGGUUCGGAAAGGGUACAAUAUACCCGAUAGCUCGUCAUCACGGAGAACGCAUUUCCAGGGAGAGGCGAAACGACAGGAGUUUGUCUUUGAGAAGGGGAGGACUUAUGCUGCGGAUUUUGGUAAUGGGUACUUGGAUUUUAAUGAAUUCGCGAUUCGGAUACCCGGGUUCAGCUUCCAUAUUGGCAAAUAUGUCAGUGAGAAGAAUAAUGUAUUGCGCUACGUCUUGAAAAAUCGCGCGACGGGGGAGGUCUAUUUGGUGAUUUGUUUGACGGUUGUGCUGGAAGAAGAGGCAGGCGAUAAUAGUGACGAGGGCGAGGGGGACGAUAUGAUAGACGUAGAAGACGAACAAGAGGUAGAUGAUGUGGACUAG